AUGUCGGUGUCAUCAAAUGCAUCAUCUGCAUCCUCGUCAGUAACCGGUGUGCCCAUCAGCAAUGGCAGUGGCAACCGACCUUCGCUGGGACGUCCGGGUAGCUGCGAUUCCUCAGCAGGCAGUGAUUCAUCAGAAUUAACACACAUUUUGAAUCGCAGACAAGUAAUUAUGGACUCGCAAGAGGCUGGCAUUGAAGUGGCACAUCAAUUCAAAGUGGUUAAUGUCUACACGGAAUUCCAUGAGUUCUCCAGAAAACAAAUCAAAGAUUAUCAGAAAACAUUUAACAAAUAUGACGUCGGUCAUGAUGGCUACCUAGAUUUGACUGAAUUGAAAUUCAUGAUGGAAAAAUUGGGCGCACCACAAACUCACUUGGGUCUCAAGCAAAUGAUUGCCGAAGUCGAUGAGGAUCACGAUGGUAAAAUUUCAUUCCGUGAAUUCCUGCUAAUCUAUCGCAAGGCGCAAGCCGGAGAACUCGACAACGAUUCGGGUCUCAAUCAGUUGGCACGACUCACCGAAAUCAAUGUCGAGGAGGUGGGUGUUACCGGCGCGAAAAAUUUCUUCGAAGCUAAAAUUGAACAACAACUGCGUUCGAAUAAAUUUCACGAUGAGAUACGACAGGAGCAGGAAGAGCGACGUCGCGAAGAAGAAGAGCGCGCCAAUAGGCGUUUGCAAUUUCAACAGCGUGCAGCGAUCUUUCAGUAAAACAAACAAAAACAAUAAAUCGAUUGAUUGCGCGCGUAGUACGUUUUGGCGGGGUACGGAAGGGGAAAGUUUUUAGAAAACAUUCAAGAUUUAUCAUCAACAAUUUGUAGAUUUGUAAGCAAGCACAUCAUUUUUAGAACAUUAGCAGCAACGUAUGUACGACGGAAGAUGGAAAUGUGUUUUAGAAAUAUAACAAACAAACGAAAACAAAAAAA